CCGACACGUUGAGGGGGAGUAGCCAAGACCAAGCAGCAAAAACAUCAUAGCACAUUCCUGGGUAGUCCUCAGCUGCCAGCAUCUGAUUAAAACCAUAUCUCUCGCUGUGAGUGGCUAACUAAUCUGAAGGCGAGAGUACAACAGAAUAUUUAACCGGGCCCUCGCUCCCCACCAGGCUACCGGCUGCAGUUGUCGGAUCAUGCACGGGGCGGCACGGAUCUAGCCCGUAAGUAAAAAUAUUAUGCUUGCCUGCUGAUUGUUCCUUGGAUUCUAAAGAACUACAGCAAAUACAGCUGACCACCAUCUGAUCAUGUCUACUGAAGCUGAAACUACUACUACUAUCAACAGCCAGCCUGAGCAGCAGGCUCCACCAAAAGCACAGCCUUCAAAGAAAGAAAAAAAGAAAGGGCCUGAAAAGACGGAUGAAUCUCUGAUGGCCAGAUUCAAAGGUGAUGGUGUAAGAUACAAAGCUAAACUGAUUGGCAUUGAUGAUGUCCCUGAGGCAAGAGGAGACAAAAUGAGUCAGGAUUCAAUGAUGAAGCUGAAGGGAAUGGCAGUGGCAGCUCGUUCCCAAGGUCAACACAAGCAAAGGAUCUGGGUGAACAUCUCUCUUUCUGGUAUCAAGAUAAUAGAUGAGAAAACCGGGGUCAUAGAGCAUGAGCAUCCAGUAAACAAAAUCUCCUUUAUUGCUCGGGAUGUAACAGAUAAUCGUGCCUUUGGCUAUAUUUGUGGAGGAGAAGGCCAACACCAGUUUUUUGCCAUAAAAACAGCACAACAGGCUGAGCCCCUAGUCAUUGACCUUAAGGACCUAUUCCAACUAAUAUAUAAUAUGAAGAAGAGGGAAGAAGAAGACAAGAAAAAGAGUGAAGAAGCAAAUAAGACUGAGAAUGGUAGCGAAUCACUGUCUGCUGAUCAAGCUGACAAACUGAAACUGGGAGUUGACCAGAUGGACUUGUUUGGGGAUAUGUCAACACCACCUGACGUGAGCAGUCCCACAGAAGCUAAAGAGAUUCUGUUAGUGGACCUAAACUCUGAAAUUGAGACCAAACAGACUUUUACAAAAGAGGAUCUCUUCUUGAAUGGCAUCACAACUUCUCUUCCACAACCAAAGUCACAGCCACAAUUCUUGCCAGAAAGUUCUUUCUCUACCAGUCUCAGCUUCUUUCCCACACCUAAUCCAGACCCUUUCAGUGAUGAUCCUUUUGCACAGACAGACCAAUCUGCACAACCUUCAUUUGAUUCUCUAAAAUCUGCUGAUCAGAAGAAGGAAAAUCUGAGCACCUUGACACUGGUGGGUAAUGGUGCUUCAAAUGGUGAUAUUGACUACUUUGGUAAACAGUUUGACCAGAUAUCUAAUAGAACUGGCAAACAAGAAGCACUAACAAGCCAGUGGCCAUUUGAGAGUAAGCCACCUGCAGCAAGAACUCCAAAUAGGGUACCAGACAGAGAACAGAAUGGCUUUCUUAAAGCCCCAUCAAACUUCUUUGUGGAAGGUCCUUCCAAAGGAGUAACUCUGCAGAAUGGAGUAAAGCUGGAUUCUGAAAGCAAUAUCCAGGUCAUGUCACAUGAGUCUAUAACAAUUAGCCCACCACCACAAAGUACCAAGCCAGGAAGAGGAAGGAGGUCUGUCAAGACUUCAUCAAAUGACCUGUUUAGCUCGGACUUGUUUGCACCAACUACGGAGAGCCUUGGCUUAACCUCAGUGGCACAGGCAGGACCUCUGCAAACUAAUCCACUGGACCUCUUCAAAACAAGUCCUACCACAGCACCUCCAUUAGCUGGUGGCUUGCCUGUAACUCCAUCACCAUGGAGUACACAGACAUCUGCCUUCAACCAGGCUGCAUCUGUCUUUCCUGGAUCUAUGAUGUCUACUCAAUCUGCAGGAUUUACUCAACCACUUGCCUUCAGCUCUCAAGCAGUGCCAAGCUGGAGCCCACCUGCAUCUUUUGGUCCAACAGUCUCUCAGUCCCCUGGUGUCUGGGCACAGCCAGCACAAGUUACAUCUACUUCAUGGGCACAGCCAUCCAGUGCUGUAAAUCUAUUCCAGAGUAGUGUAUUCCCACCAUCAACACUAUCUGCUCAGACCCAGUCUGUACUGCCAUCUGUGUCAACAAGUAGCCCACCUCAGCCACCACCUAGAACUGCCCCUCAGAAGGAGAUACCCAAGAAAGAGAGUGAUGCUUUUAUUGCUUUGGAUCCACUUGGUGAUAGAGAGAUGAAGGAUGUCAAGGAAAUGUUCAAAGACUUCCAGCUGACAAAGCCACCUGCAGUUCCAGCAAGGAGAGGAGAACAGCAAAGUCUUUCAGAAUUACCAAAGCCUGUUCCCCGACAAAGUGCACUGCCAGCUGAUAGCCUGUUUGAAAGUCAACCUAAAGCAGACCUUUUCAAUGCCUCACCUAAGGAAUCUCAGAAACAAUCUUCUGGUCCAUUUGGUGAUCCUUUUGGCAACCCCUUUGCAUAGACUAGGCACAACCAGGGGAGGACAAAUGGAAUAACUGGACCUCUUCUCAGCAUGAAUCUUCUACUUGUUUCAUUUUGCUGUCUGCAAUUCCUACCGCUGUUCCACAAUGUCUAAUCUAAAACAUGUCCAGGUGGAUUGAAACAAACCCUCAACAGUAUGCUGUGAAAAUGGUAAUUCAGGGCAAAGUAAACGGAAAGUUGUACUCAGCCUGGAGACCCAAACUCAAAUUGGUGGAUGUUAGUUUUACCUUAGUUUUGCAAUAUUCCAUGGAAGAGCUUAACGAUGCUAAGUCAUGUGUCUUGUGAACAUGGUCACCUCACUUCCUUUUUCUGCAGCACUUACUGUCCUGAAAUACAGGAACUGAAUGUACCUGGGGAAGAAAUGUUGCCUUCACAUAAGGGAAUUGAAUUAGUAGCUAAAAUCCACACUUCAAACAACUAGGUCAUUUGCAUGUUACCACAACAGCAGCCAGUUGUAAAGUUAGUGGAUACUACUCACUUCUAAUUAGUGACUGGACAUAUGACUUGGUCUCUAAGCCACAGAGAUGGAAAUUGUAUGGGUGGGGGAGAAGUAGAAUACUUGGUCCACUUAACUAACGGUAAAAGUAAUAUUCUGCCACAGAAAUCUAAUAAAGAGAAGACCUGUGAGGUCUGCAAUAGAAUUGAUGGAGUCCUGAGUACUAGAGGCCUACACUGUAGGGUCAGGUAAGAUAAAACACAUCUUGAAGAACACUGAGCUAGUCAUUGACAGUAACUGUUGUAUUGGUGCUAACAUGGCUUUUUCAGGGAGGGAAAUCUACUAGAUCACUUUUUUUAAUUAAGGUGGCUUGGCAGACAAGUGGAACAAGCAGAUAGGCUUCUUGUUUAUAUCUCAGUGAAUGUCCCCAAUGUUGCUCAGUUUAGGUUCACACACAGUGUAGAAUUACAUGUUCCCAGUAUGUCAGAAAGCAAAAAGACAAUCAUGGCUUCAAUCCAGGCCUAGAUUCCUUGUGAACAGAUGCACAUGCUCUGUGCUAUUAAUAUGAGGUAGUCCUCCAUCUCUUAAAUGUGCCUUUUCUAUAAGAACCUCUUUACUAACAGAUCUUUAAAUCAGUCAGUUAUGACUGAUUGUAACAGCUAUGUUCUUGGCCAGUGGUGAAUGGUGAUAUCUGAGGUUUUUCUGUUAAUACUAAGCAUAAACUUGAAACAGUAUUGUUAAAUCAAAUGUCUAAGCAUUUGCUGAACUGGAAAGCUAAGAAAAUCAACUUGGAGAGAGCCUUAGUACCCACUUCAGCCAGUCAUGCAACUAGUUUUGUAUAUAAAUCUCUCUUGCACUUUCUGUAAUGCAAAAAAACUUAAGUAUUUGUCUCAAACUGGAAAUGUAGAAACUUAUGGAUAUUACACUGUUAUAUAAUUGUAGUAUCUCAAGUGAUGUUACCUAAUGACAUUAAAAAGAAGCAACUCUUCAUAGCAAACUAA